CGUCUUUGAUGCUACGAACCCAAAACUCAGUCACCACUAUUUUAUGUAGAUGGAUAAAUAUCACGCCGGCUUUAAUAAUCACUGAUGGAUUUGCGACUGUUACAUGGCACGUGGCGGGGUCUUGACCAUAGAUGGUAAAAGGUAUGGUCCUAUACGGAAGCAACACAUUGUUUUGUAUGAUGAGAUGAUCUAGGUAAGCAGCAUUGCAAAAUGGGGAGGCAGUUUCUCAAAUUCUUGGUGUUGAGUAUGAUCCUUUUGGUUCAAUUCCAAGGGCAGGAAGGUUGUCUGGAAGAGGAGAGGAAGGGGCUGUUAGAAUUGAAGGCAUUCGUUAAGUCAGAUGGUUAUGAUGCAGAUCUUCUGCUUCCGUCGUGGGUUGGUGACACACACAGUAACUGUUGUAAUUGGGACAGAGUCACCUGCAACUCUUCCACUGGACACGUGAUCGAGCUCUCCCUCAGCAAUACAAGGCAAAUCGAUACGGAUAUUGAGAGCAUGUUCGAUUACUCUGAAAAUGAAUGGUAUUUUAACAUCUCCUUGUUGCAGCCUUUUAAGGAGCUAAGAAGCCUUAAUCUGUCCUACAAUAAAAUUGGUGGUUGGAUCCAGAAUCAAGGUGUCGGAAGCUUGUUAAGACUAGAACGGCUAGAGGUGUUGGAUCUUGCUGGCAACUAUUUUAGCAGUAGCAUCCUGCAAUCCUUGAGAACACUCACAUCCCUCAAGAAUCUGAUAAUCCAUUUCAAUUUGUUGAUCGGAUCGUUCCCCUCCCAAGAAUUGUCUGUUUUUGAAAACUUAGAGGAACUGGAUUUAAGUUUCAAUGGACUAUCUGAUCCCAAAAGCUUCCCUGAGCUGAGAAAGCGGAAAUACUUGGAUCUGAGCAUGAACCUCUUCAGUAAACAUGUGAUGGGGCUUUUGGCCAGACUUCCGUCCCUCAAGUAUCUUGACCUGAGUGACAAUUCUUUAAAAGGUAGCCUCACUCGCCAAGAACUAGCUAAUCUAAGCAAUGUGGAGGUGCUUCGAUUGGGUUUCAAUUCCUUAAACGGAACCUUACCAAUUCAAGAAUUAAUGACUUUUGGAAGACUAAGGGUAUUAGAUUUGAGGUGGAAUCUGUAUAGUGGGAGCAUUCCUCCAUCUAUUGAGGCUCUGUCUUCUCUCAAGGCAUUAUCUUUGUCAAGGAAUGCCUUGAAUGGCUUUUUGCCAGGUCCAGGCCUAUGUGAAUUGAGGAGACUUCAAGAGUUGGAUCUUAGCUGGAAUAAUUUUGAAGGGAUCCUCCCUCCAUGCCUAGACAAUUUAAAGUCUCUUACACACUUAGAUCUCUCGAGGAAUCAAUUCACGGGGACUUUUUCCUCUCACUUGAUACCAAGCCUGCUAUCCCUGGAGUACCUUGAUUUUAGUCAUAACCGAUUUGAAGGUUCAUUCUCACUCAGCUCCAUCAGAAAUCUUACUGGGCUCAAGGUUGUUAAGUUUAUCAGUGACAACAGUAAAAUGAAGAUAAAGGCUGAAAGUCUAGGUUGGAAUCCGUUGUUUCAACUAGAGUCACUGGUACUUUCUAAUUGUAAUUUGGACAAUAUUCCUCAUUUUCUCCUUUACCAACAUCGACUAAGAGUUGUUGAUCUCUCUCACAAUAAGCUGAAUGGAACAUUCCCUGUCUGGUUACUUCAAAACAAUGGUGAAUUAGAGUGGCUACAACUAAGGAAUAACUCUUUUGCCGGUCAAUUUCAUCUGCCACCAUAUCUUUUGAGGAAAAUUGUCCAGGUGGAUGUCUCAGACAAUCAUCUUGAAGGGCAGCUUCAGAAAAAUUUUGGGAAGAUACUUCCAAAUCUAAGGCAUCUUAAUUUAUCCAAAAAUUAUUUUGAAGGUGAUCUCCCAUCCUCAGUUGGCUACAUGAAAAAGUUGGAGAGAUUGGAUUUGUCCUUCAAUAAAUUCUCGGGAGAAGUACCACAGGAAUUGGUUGCAAGUUGCACCAACUUGCAAAUUUUAAGGUUAUCGACUAAUGAAUUUCAUGGUGAAAUAUUUUCUUCUCACUUCAACUUGAGUGAUAUAGGAGAUCUGGAGUUGAGGGAUAACCGGUUCACUGGUAGUCUAUCAAAUGUGAAAUUCAAUAACUUAAAGAUUUUGGAUGUUAGUAAUAACAAAAUGACUGGUCAGAUUCCAAGUUGGAUACUAGAGGGUAUUUCGGCACUUGCAAUGAGAAAUAAUUAUUUUGAAGGCCACUUUCCAUGUGAACAACUCUUAUAUGUUGAAUACUUGGACCUUUCUCAUAACUUUCUUUCAGGACAAUUACCUUCUUGCUUUGAUAUGGAGAUUAUAAAACAAGUUCAUUUGCAAGGGAACCAAUUCAUGGGUUCUAUACCAAAUACUCUUCUCAAUUCCUCAUCUCUUUUGCUAUUGAACCUCAGAGAUAAUCACUUGUCUGGUAGAAUUCUUGAUUUGAUUGGUGCACUCCCCAAUCUGAGAAUUCUCUUGUUAGGAAAAAAUCACUUCGAUGGUAUAAUACCGGAGAAGCUGUGUGAAUUGAGGAAUAUGAGUAUACUUGAUCUUUCCAGCAAUUCUUUGUCUGGAUCAAUACCCAUGUGUUUGAGUAAUAUCACCUUUGGAAUCCCAGGGCAUGUUGAUCUGCGCUUUGCAAAAAAUGUUACACUUCGGGAUGAUCCUUCUAUGGAAUCAAUGGAUAAAGAUCCGCUAAGGCAAAUGGUUCCUUUUGCAGGUGAUUUGCUACCAGAAGGACCGGUCGAAAUUGAUUUUAUCACCAAAAAUAUGCUCAAUCGUUACAAGGGUGACAUUCUAAAUUUCAUGUCUGGACUUGACUUGUCAUGCAACAUGUUGACAGGUAGAAUACCUGAAAAGCUUGGAAAAUUGUCCCAGAUUCAUGCACUAAACUUGUCCCACAAUCAUUUAACAGGAUCCAUUCCAAUUUCUUUGUCAGAGCUAUCUCAGAUUGAAAGUUUGGACCUUUCAUACAAUAAUUUGAGUGGAGAAAUCCCUACAGAGUUGAUCAAUUUAAAUUUCCUGGAAGUUUUCAGUGUGCAAUACAAUAAUUUAUCUGGUAGAGUUCCAGAUAUGAAAGCACAAUUUGGAACGUUUGGGAGGAGCGGAUACGAAGGAAAUCCAUUUCUCUGUGGGCCACCAUUAGAGAAAAAUUGCAACACGAUCUUUGAGAUAUCGCACUCGCCUGCAUCAUCAAAUGAAACUGAUGGAAAAUGGUAUGACAUUGAUUCUGUUGUCUUCUACGCAAGCUUUACCUCAACGUAUGUCGUGUUCCUAUUGGCUUUUCUGACUGUUCUCUACAUCAAUCCUUAUUGGCGUUGGAGGUUGUUCAAUUUCACUGAGAAUUUGUUUCAUAAAUUCUAGCAACUAUCUGCUUGUUUAUACAUUUUGCAAGUUGUCUCGCUUCUAUCUUUAUUAUAUAUGCUAUCAUUGUCAUACUAAGAUUCAUAAUUCUGGCAAAAACUGCAUAGGAGGUUUGUAAGAUACUACAUAUAUGCACGAGAACUGAACUUAUUUGUACUCGUGCACACCUUAUCUCUUGGAUAUGGCAGCCGCUUUUCCCCUUC